GAAGAUAUCAAGAAACCCGUGAAGCCAAAUUUAGCCGGAUCGAAAAGCAAGAAAGUAAAGAGGAAAGAAAGCUAUUCCAACUACAUCUAUAAGGUUAUGAAACAGGUCCAUCCUGAUACUGGAAUCUCCAACAAAGCGAUGAUCAUCAUGAAUAGCUUCGUUAACGAUUUGUUCGAAAGAAUCGCUGCCGAAGCCAGUCGUUUGGCUCAGUACAACAGACGUUCGACCAUCAGUAGUCGAGAGAUUCAAACUGCCGUUCGGCUUUUGAUUCCUGGCCAAUUGGCCAAACACGCAAUGUCAGAGGGUACGAAGGCAAUCACUAAAUACACUAGCUCCAAUAAAGCGAUGAUCAUCAUGAACAGCUUCGUUAACGAUUUGUUCGAGAGAAUCGCUGCCGAAGCCAGUCGUUUGGCUCAAUACAACAGACGUUCGACCAUCAGUAUUCGAGAGAUUCAAACUGCCGUUCGGCUUUUGAUUCCUGGUCAAUUGGCCAAACACUCAAUAUCUGAGGGUACGAAAGCAGUUACUAGAUACACUUGCAGUGAAUAA